AUGAAGUGGAUUAUCCUCUCCCUUGCCGCAGUCGCAUCUGCGCUCCAAGGCCUGCCCCCAGUGCACUUCGAUAGCACGGGUUUAGAUCAUAUAGGCUUUUCUUUAGCAACAACCGACCGGACAAUCUACCUGGAUGCCAAUUUCGCUAGCUGGAAGGAUCAGAAUGGGUUGACCUUGCUUCCACCAUCGGCAUCCGACUUUGCCAAUACCUUUCGCGACGACUUACAGGAGCUAACUAACAGCUCUUGGGAGCUUCGAAUAGUCACACGAUUUUCCAAGCACGCGUCAGGCAUUUUUCUCGGUCGCGCAGAUCGUCUGGAUCGGUUCACCUACGAGAAUGGACGCGAGAGCGAGGAGGGGUAUGAGUUGGAGAUACAGGAUGGUAGUGUGUACAUUCGAGGCUCUGGGGCUCGUGGUAUGUGGUGGGGGACACGAACACUUCUCCAGCAGCUCGUUUUGACAGGAUCAUCCCUGCCAUCUAGUCGCGUGAAAGAUGCCCCUGCCUAUGCGACUCGUGGAUUUCUCCUAGAUGCUGGUCGAAAAUGGUAUUCGCUAGAGUUUUUGAAAGAUUUAUGCACAUAUGCCUCGUUUUUCAAACUGUCCGAGUUUCAGUACCAUGCGACCGACAACUACCCGUUGAGUCGCGGUCAUAACGAGACCUGGAAUGAGGUUUACUCGCAGUUUUCUUUACAUCCCGAAAGCGAGGCUCUUCAUCCUCUUGUCCAGCGCACCAACGAAACGCUGUCUCGCGCGGAAUUUGAUAACUUCCAGCACCACUGUGCUCAGCGAGGUGUCACAGUGAUUCCGGAGAUUGAAAGCCCUGGGCACUGUCUCACGGUAACGAAAUGGAGGCCUGAGCUUGCAUUGGACUCGAAGGACCUACUAAAUCUCUCCCAUCCGGACACUGUUCCUUUGAUGAAGUCCAUUUGGACUGAGUUUCUUCCUUGGUUCCACACAAAGGAGGUACACAUUGGCGCCGAUGAGUACGAUCCUAAAUAUGCGGACGACUAUGUUGACUUUGUGAAUGAGAUGUCCCGCUUUGUGCAAGAAGCGUCUGGGAAAACUGUCCGUAUCUGGGGGACAUACGAGCCAUCAAACAUUACCAUUGAUAAAAAUGUGACAAUUCAACACUGGCAGUAUGGGCAAUCAGACCCAGUUGAUCUAGCCCACAAUGGCUACCAGGUCAUCAACUCUGAGGAUUGGUGGGCUUAUAUGUCGCUGAAAAGCAACCAUGUGCCUAUCAACCCAGCCCCCUAUCCUCAGUUCUUCAACAAUACCCGCGUUCUCAACUUCGCCGAGCAGGAUGGGUGGCAGUGGACGCCGGAACUCUUCAACUCUGUGAACACAACCCAACAACCGAGUUCUAAAGCUGUACCGGGUGCACUUUUGGCUGCCUGGAACGACAGCGGUCCGGACGCUACUACUCAACUUGAGGCUUAUUAUGCAAUCCGUGACGGCAUCCCUGUCGUGGCUUCGCGAGCGUGGUCUGGUGCGCGAGGACCUCGCUUGCGCGAACAAACCUUGGCCAAAUCUAUAGCAGAAUUGUCCUCUCAGGCCGUGGGACAAAACCUUGACCGACGCCUCCCAGAAGAAGACAGGCACGGAUCAGGACCCUUGCUUUCAUGGACAAGAUCAAGUACAGAAUCCAACCAGGAUGAAUAUUAUCUAGGUCAUGGCAGUAAGGGAAUGAGUUAUACCCUACAACUAAAUGUGACAGGCCCUUUCUCUCUGCGGUCAUCUGAUGCGGCACUUACCUUGUCAUCUGACGGUGAAUUGACUUUUGUUUCUGAUGGAUGGCCAUACCCACUUCGCUAUGUUGCUGAGGCUGACGGCUUUGACCAAGAUCAGCCUGGAAGAAUCUGGGCUAACAAGACAACCUCAAGCCAUGAGCUUGUGAUAAUUCCACGCAAAUCACAGGUCAUUAUCUCCACAAACGAGAUAUACGGAAGUCGUGUGUGGGUAGAUGGAGCUUUUGUUGGCCGCUUUGAAGUCUUUAUCUAUGGCGGAAAGAAUACAGUUUUCUCAUGGAGUCAGAUGGCCUUUGUGGCACCGUUAGAUGUCCUGGAGGGAUUGGGUUUACAGCAUUUUGCUGUUUUCCAGGGUAGCAAGGAUGAUUGA